UUUUAUCUAAUAACGGCAGCAGCAGAUGGUUCUCAAUACGGGAAGCCGAAAGCGCGCGGCGGCGCGGGGCCUGCAAUUGCAAAAAUAUUUGAGAAGCACUGCAGGCGAUGGGCGGGGGAUCGGCUGAGGCGGCGGACGGAGCCGAACCGCCCGGCGCGCCGCGUAUCCACCAACUGCUGGAGCUGAUCAAAUCGGAGCGCGAUCCUGUGGCGGCGCUGUCCCACCUCUCCGCGCUCACGUCGUCACACCCUUGCUUCUCCCCGCCCGGCUCCGUCCUCCGCCCCCUCCGCCCCCGCUUCUCCGAGGCCGCCGCCCUCGUCGCCCUCAAGGCCCUCUCCCGCGCCCUCAUGCCCGACCUCGCCCUCCGCACCUUCCGCAACCUCCCCCGCGUCUUCCGCUGCAACCCCGGCGUCCGCUCCCACAACGCCCUCCUCGACGCCUUCGUCCGCGCCCGCCGCUGGGACCAGGCCGACUCCUUCUUCGCCUUCUUCGCCCGCGGCGCGCGCGUUGCCCCCAACCUCCAGAGCUACAACAUUCUCAUCCGCGGCCUCUGCGACCGGGCCCUGCCCCACCGCGCCCUCGCCCUCGUCGAAACCCUCCGUCUCCACGGUUUCGAGCCGGAUCGCGUCACCUACAGCACUCUGAUAUCGGGCAUGAUAAAAAACGGGGACUUGGGGAGAGCCCUCGAGCUGUUCGACGAAAUGCGCGAGAGAAGCGUCUCGCCCGACGUGGUCUGCUACAACGUCCUGAUCGACGGGCUUCUUAAGAAAGGCGAGUUCGAGGGAGGGAUGGAGGUCUGGGAACGGCUAGUGCGGGACACUGCCGUCAGUCCGAAUCUGUCCACCUACAACAUAAUGCUGGAUGGGCUGUGCAAGCUCGGCAAGUUCGAGAAUGUGAUGGAGAUGUGGAACCGGAUGGUGGUGAAUGGCCACCGUCCCGAUUAUUUCACUUAUGGAAUUUUACUUAAUGGGCUGUGCGAGUCGGGUAAUGUGGACGGGGCUGCCCGCGUCUAUUCGGAGAUGAUCAAGACCGGUUUUGUCCUCGAUGUCGUUAUUUCUAACUCUCUCAUCAAAGGUUUACUUAGAGCAGGGAGACUCGGGGAUUCCUUGAAGCUGUGGGAUUCUAUGGGAAAAGCUGGGGAUCGUAGUAUAAUCAGUUAUAAUACAAUGAUUAAGGGUCUGUUUGACAAUGGCAAGGUAGACGAAGCAAUUGGGGUGUGGGAACAAUUGAAGGAGGAAAGCACAUGCUUUCCUGAUUCGGUGACCUAUGGUGUUCUGAUUCAUGGACUCUGUGACAAAGGGCUUAUUAGCAAGGCAAUGUGGGUUUUGAACGAAGCAGAAGAGCAUGGAGGGAAGGAUUUGGAUGUCUUUGCGUAUUCCUCAUUGAUUAACGGACUCUGCAAGGAUGGGAGAACCAAAGAAGCCAUUUCUAUUUAUCAGAAAAUGAGUAAAAAUGGCUGCAAACCAAACUCUCAUACUUACAAUGUGCUGAUAAGUGGAUUUUGUCGAGGUUCUGCCAUCAGUGACGCGCUACGGAUCUUUAGUGAGAUGGUUGGAAACGGCUGCUCUCCUACUGUUGUAACAUACAACACUCUAAUAAACGGUUUGUGUAAGGUCGAGAUGUUUCUAGAAGCUUCUAGCAUGGCAAGGGAAAUGUUGGAGAAAGGUUUUAACCCAGAUGUGGCAACUUACAGCUCGUUAAUUGAUGGUCUUUGUCGAGAUAAGAAGUUUGAUGCUGCUCUUGCUAUCUGGAACCAAGUCCUCAGUAAGGGAUUUGAGGUGGACGUCAUUAUGCAUAACAUCUUGAUUCAUGGUCUUUGUUCGGCUGGGCGAUUGGAACAAGCCAUGACUGUUUGCUUGGAGAUGAAGCAGAAGAAUUGCACCCCAAAUGUAGUCACAUACAACACGCUAAUGGAUGGGCUUUAUGAAGCUGGCUACUGGGAAAAGGCAUCUGCUAUUUGGACUCAAAUGUUAGAAGCUGGGUUGCAACUGGAUAUCAUUUCAUAUAAUAUACGGAUAAAAGGCCUUUGUUCUUUCGAUAAUGCACAAGAGGCGAUCAAGCUAUUGGAUGAUGCCUUGGUUCGUGGCAUUAGCCCAAGUGUUGUUACUUGGAGCAUAUUAGUUAGGGCGGUAAUCAAAUAUGGACCUAUUUCAGUGUGAUCUCUCUGAUGUUCUUCGGUGAGUCGCUUCGUUGGGUAUAUAUCAUACCAAUGGAUUGGAAAAGCAUAAUGAAACGCCAUGCACAAAAUCUCCUGCCCGUAUAUUGAAACAUGAUGAGCAUUCAUGUUCUCUACUCCAAUGCUGUUGAUCACAGCCGCUGCUUCUGGAUGAGCCUUGCAGGAAAAAAUGUAGCUAUCAAAAUCAGGUGCUGCAAUUUCUGCCGCUCCGGCCUUUUUGUUGGACCGCAAAUAUACAAGGUUUUUGUAGAACAGGCCCUCAACUUCAGUCCUUUUCCAAUCCGGUCCUCAAGCUCUUAGAAGACUCCCUGAUUCUUUUACGUCCUCUCUAGAAAUUGUUGCAGUCUCUUUAGAAGACAGUGUAUGACUCUCCAGUUUCAUCAUGAUGUAUCGCAAACAGCGUCGAAGGAAUUGAGCAAAAAUUUGAAUCACGAGUUGCAUCAUAAGCCAAUCAAGAAACAUGAAACAGCUUUGGACCGUGGGCUCGUUUGGGCUUUGUUCCUGGCCUAAGUUAAUCGAUUGUUCCACACACAGACCCUUAAUUUCCGUACCCUAUGCGGCUACUGAAUUGAGUGUUACUCAGCCGUCGCCGAACCUGUAUUUGAACGAAGGUGAAAAAAUGUUGGGCCAGCUCUUUGGAAUGCAGCUUCACGCCGCUUUGUCGACUUGUCAUGCCUGAAUUCGAAACAACAUCCCUAUAAAGGUGAACUUAAAUACGGAGGAGGCCAUGUGUCAGUCUAAGAGAGGUAAUUAAAUGGGGGUUGGAGGGAGUUGUGCUUCCCGAGGUUGAGAGGCCGCAGGGGGGGAAUAUAACGAACGUGGAAUCUUCGACCCCAAUAAUGCAUUUUUCGCUGAAGGUGAGGAACCAAUGGGCGUUGGGCGGUGGGGGGCGCUUUAAUGACAACGAGAAGCAUUAAACAAGCCACUCUCUUUUUUGGACCCUUUUGAUUAGAGGUAGAUUCUUUUUUAUUAUUUUUUUAUUUUUAUAAUUCUGUCCGCGCGUGUAACUAAGAUCCAAGUUCAGAGUACCGAGUACCUUCGCUUCUUUUUUUGAAUAAAUAAAACAAGGUCGUGGAAGUACCUUAUUGGUCGUA